AUGAAUUCUUCUUCAUCCGAUGACAUUAGUGGUGCUCUUCUUGCGGCACCAUAUCAAUUGAAUAUUUGGUUUGGUUUAUUUCUUUGGAUAACUGGAAAUUGUGGUUGUAUUGGUAAUAUGAUUGUAUUUUGUUCAAAAUCAUUUCGUAAUCGAGCUUAUUCAGUUUAUUUAUUAUCAGAAGCUAUGUCAGAUUUUCAUUAUUUUAAUUUUGUAUUAUUAACACGAAUACUUCAAAAAGGUUUUCAAAUACCAAUUAUGAUUCGUUAUGUCAACAUCUGUAGAUAUAGACAAUUUGCAUCUGUUUGGGGAAAUCAAGUAUCUUUUACUUUAUUCUCAUUUGCAACUAUUGAUCGACUUCUAUCUGCACAACGUUCGAAUAAAUAUCGACAAUGGAGUAAUCGACUUUCAUUAUCGUAUAAAUUAUCAAUAGGUUGCGUAUUAUUUUGGUUUUUACUUAUUGGACAUCGACUUAUUUUAUAUAAUAUAUACGAUGGUACAUGUGGUCCUCCUGAAGGUGUCUAUGCUGAAUAUGAUAAUUAUUUUGAAGUUGUAUUUGCUGGAAUAUGUCCACCUAUAGUUAUGUCAUUACUUGCUUAUCUAUUAAUAAAAAGUGUUCGAAAUGUUAUUCACCGACGAGUUACUCCAGGAAAUGAUGUAAUACAACCAGCAGUUGUACCUCGAACAAUUCUUCAACAAAUGGAUGCACAAUUGACAUUAAUGUUAAUCUUACAAUCAGUUAUAACUAUUAUAACAUAUGUACCAUAUGCAGUUCAAUUAAUUUAUGAAAAUGUGACUCAAUAUUGGUCGAAAUCAUCUUUACGAAUUGCUCAAGAAAGCGUUUUUACAGAAUUUACACAUUUAUUGUCAUAUGUUUUCUUUGCUUCAAGUUUCUACGUAUCAAUGAUUACAAAUGGUGGAUUUCGUCGACAAAUUAAACGUGUUUUUCUACCGCAAAAAACGAAUGAACAUAUAGAUCAUAUGAACACUGUACAGCGUACAGUUGUGUCUGCUCAUACCCAACCAAAAUAA